GUUACUUCCGGUUACCUGCAGUUUCCAAAAAAUUGAGAUGCUGAACAUUUUUUGCAGUAAAUUUUUGAGAAAAUGACGAAGUUCGCAAUAUGGCAGAAUAUAGUAGGCGAAACAAUAACAGAGACAGUUCGCUCGACUCACAGACAAGCACGGAGAGUGGUUCUAGCAGCACGAGCGAGGAAGAGCGACUGAAAAAACUUUUUGAAUCUUGUGACGACGACAAGGAUGGAUUUUUGAAUAGGGACAAUUUUGCAUUUAUGUGUAAGCAGCUGUGUUUAGAAGAGUGGACAAGCGAUAUACUGCAUCAGUUAGGAGUGAACUGCACUUCUAGGAUAUCAUUCCAAGAUUUCUUAAAAUUCCGUGCACAGGCAUUGGAUCCAGAACACCAUCAGCAUUCUACUGAAGAUACGGACACAGGGAUAGAUUUAAACAUGAGUCGACAACACAAUCAGGUCACGUCGUGGCCUACAAUGAGCAGUGAUAGUCUAGGAGCCAUAUCUGGUAGACCAGACAGUUUGGAUUACGACAGUGGUGCCAGAGAUCUACAGAGUCCGGAACCAAUGGUCAGCCUACAGAAAAUGCUUGAAUCACACGAUCCAAACUUGUACAGAGCUAUUAUAGAAAGCUGUAUAGAAUCUAAACAGUUCCUGGACCUGGCUAAUAGGUUACAUCAAGCCACGUUAACAUCUUUGAAAGGGGAGAUAAUCGAGUUGAGAAGUCGACUACAAAGGGAAAAUCUUGAAAAGGAUAGAUUAGAAAAACAGCUUGGACAGUUGCAUGCUGAUCGAAGAAAUAUCCAGGACGAUUAUGAUGAGAGACUGGAUGAACUAACAUUCCGUUAUGAGGAGAGAAUUACUGAAUUACACAGUGUGAUAGCUGAACUUAGGAAGAAAAUUGAACGCCAUCAAAUUAAUGUGAUAAGAGAGGAAGAUGAAGAUGAUAUUGACCCAGCUGUCAGUACCAAGAGUCAAGAUGGUGGAAGUAUUGAGAUUGGUUCUCAAACUCAGCCUCAAGCAGGAGAAGAUCUCAACUCGGAAUUAUCCAGGGUAGUUACAGAGCUGGAAAGUGCAAUACAUGAAAGGAAGAAACAGUCAGAGGAACAAAUAAAAGAUUCAUUGGUUGAUGACAAUGAAGAUGAUGAUGUUGAAGAAAAGGCACUCGAAGUGUGUAAAAACAUGGAAGAUUUCAGUUUUGAGCCAGAGCCCCCAUCACCUCCUACCCAUGGUCUGAGACCAGCCACCUUCCAUCCACCCCCGCCUCCUCCUCCCAAUGAGUUCCCAGACCCAGGCUAUCUACAGGAGGAGAUUAACUCAUUGAGAACUGAAAACAGCACAUUACAGGAGCAGAUUAUCAAGCAGGAACAGGAUAUGCAGAGGAUGCGGCUGGCCUUAGCGAACCUCACUGAUGAGAAAAAUAGAUAUAAAAAACAGGUAUCAGAACACCAAACACGGUUACAUAGUUACGAGGGGUCAGGAAGUCCUGUAAACAGUAGAACAUCAACCCCGACUAAACAACCUCAGAGUACUAAUCUAGAAAGACCAGCAGUGAAUCUAACCCCAACCAAAGCAUCAGAUAGUUUCCCAGUAGCUAAAGUAGCAGAGCUUAAAAAGUUAAAGACGGUCAGUAGCUCAGAGAGACCCGUCCUGGGGAGCGAGAUCAGUAAUUUAGGGAUGCCAAACACUAAAGUAGCGGAACAUCUGGUGCAAAGUUUAUGGAAAGGCUCAAACGUUCAGGAAAUAGUUCAGAACGCUAGUGACAAGUCCGGAAUAAGUGACGUUGAUUCACGUGUGACAGAAUUCGAAAUAGAACUUGAAAGGCUACAGAGCCAAGUAGAUAAUUAUAAAUCGCAGAUAGAUGUUGCGAACUUGACGUUAGAGGAGUCGAAGGCAAACUGUGAUAGAUUAACAGUUUUAAUAGGGAAAUAUGAAUCAAAUAAUACGGCGUUACAAAUUGUGUUAAAUUAUAGUCAGUUAUGUACAGAGACGUAUGAAAUUAUAUGUGCUUUGUUAGAAAGUGAGUUAGGUUCGGUGUUAGCAAAUUGUCGAGCGGCAGGUCUGGGUGGAUUAGGUGGUGAUAGUUUUACAGAUGGCCAAGAGGAAAUAGCGUCAAUACUCCAACGUGCCCACCAGUCUAGAAGAGCUGCAGAAAAUGUUAGCAAACAUAUGCUUCAAAAACUUGAUAAAACAUUCGGAGUGAAUUAUGGUCGACAGUCACCAGCCAGACCAUGGGAAGAUCUGUCUAAUACUAGUAAAACAGCUAGCACAUCAAGUUCUGCAGGAAGCGGUGAUACGGAGUUCACUAAAGGAGAUGAAAGACGGUUAAGGGACUACAUUCAGAGACUGAAAAAUGAACAAAGUACUGUGCAUUUAACUGUGAUGGAAUUAGAAAGUGUGCAUUGUGAGCCUGAACUAGACAGGAAGUGUAAAAAUGAUGCACACAGAUUGGAUUUAGAAAAUGCUGUGAUUAUGCAGGAAUUAAUGGCCAUGAAGGAGGAGAAGGCAGAACUUAAAGCUCAAAAUUACCUGUUGGAGAAGGAGAAACGUUCCCUAGAACUGCGACUGAACAGUAUGGAGUCCCAGGAACAUGCUUACCUGGUACAGAUAGAUCAUCUCAAGUCGGAGGUCACUGAGGGGUCAAGGCCACAGGAUGACCUGUUAAGUGAUAAGUCUGGAAGUGACAGAUCAACUCCUCCCACAUCAUUGGCUGAUUACCAGUCACAUGACUUGCCGGAUGUAAUGCGAGAGUUGACAGACUCUUUGAGACGGGAGAAGAAAUUGAAAAAUCAAGUGUCCGAGCUUGUAGGUGCUUUGGAGAAAUUGUCUCGGAACUCGGAAAUACGUCAUCAACAGUCCGCCGAGUUUGUUAAUGACUUGAAAAGAGCUAAUAGUGCCCUUAUAUCAGCCUUCGACAAAGCCAAGAAGAAAUAUCAAGCGAAACUGAAGAAGUUAGAGUCACAGAUGCAAUCACUGACAGAAAGAUACGAAUCACAGAUACGUAUGCUGAAACAAAGAUUAGCUAGACAAGAAGACGACAGCAAACAGAGAGUUAGCAAUGAAACCUCCUUAUAGCAAUGUUAAUGUAUUGAUAAACUUUGUAGUUAAUCUCCUAUAGCAUAACAGUUACUGUUUUCAGAGGUUUAGUUUGACUUUAAACUGCUGAAAAAAAUCUGAAAUGCAUUUGUCAGUCUAAGAUAUCUUUCCUUAGAGGAACUAGUAUACUUUUGAAUGUGUUACAAUUCUUGAUAACUGUUUUUUGAGUGAAAUUGUGGUCUGAUAUUACCCAUUGAAAGCUUAUUUUGUUGCAUUCCAGUGGCAGCCGUUUGUGGACAGUUGUUCAUUUACAGAUUUGUAACUUUAAAAGAGUGCAACACUGCUCUAAUCAAAAUCUUUUUCUUUUUUUUUUUUAGAGAAAGGACAUUAGACAGUAAAUUUUAUAAUAUACUGUAGAAUGAUGGAGUUAUUUCCAUCUGGGUUUGAAAUAUAUUGGUACUGGUUAAAGUCCAUGUGAAUGCCUUUCAUACCAAAAUGAAAACUGCAGAACUGCAAUUCAUUCCUAAAUUAUUCCAUAUGCCAAAAUGGUUUUUUGAUGCUUUGAAUUUACCACCUCGAAAUCUGAAUACUGCUGAGUAACUCUUCAGUUAGGGCGAUAGAAAUUGACAGGUGCUUCGAAAUGUUUACCUCCCUUGAACAGUUAGUUUCCUACACUUAAAUAGUGUAAAAUUUCAAAAUGUGUGGAAAAUAAAGACAGUCCAUUGAUAGUUCUGAGAGAGUGAUUGUAAUUGGCCUAUAUGUUCAAUUAUAAAUAUUGAUAAAUGUUAUUGUUAAAAUAUUGUUAAAAUCUGAGCCGCUUGUUUCCUUGUUUUGACUGUUUACAGAUAUUGUUUUGAAUCAAGUUCAUGUUAUUUAACAGAUGCAGUCACAGGGAGGUUAAUUCAGCUGAGCCAUAUUUGUUGUGGCUAAAGGAAACUGCUGUAGUAAUAUUGAGGCUUCAAAAAAUAGUUCUGAAGCCAUAUUGAGGCUUCAGGAAAUAGAUCUACACUCAAACUGACUUUAGGAAAUUGUUCUGUAUCCAUAUUGGAAAGUACCGCUAUUUUUAUACUUCGGGAAAUUGUUCAGCAUCCAUAUUAAACUUUAUGCUGCAGAAAAUGAACCUACAGUAAUAAUUGUUUCAGCAUAAAGUUUAAUAUGGCUUUUGCAAAUUGUUCUAUGGCCAUUUUUAGGCAUUAGAAAGUUGUUCUGCGGCCAUUUUUAAGCUUUUGGAAAUUGUUCUUAAGUUAAUUGAGGCUUCACAUGUUUAAAUGAUUUGUGUUUUUCUUUGAAGUAGAGAUAAAUUUUGAUUAUUUCUUUUGUUGAUUCAUUGGUGGAAAAUAUUUUAUGUUUAGUAACAUUAUGCUUAGUUUUUUCAUUGCAUUUAAAUUUUUGAUUAUACGUUAAUGAUUUUCUUCAUUAUUUACACAUAAAAACAAUCAGUGUAAACUCAGCCUUAACAAUCAGGGUAUAGUUUAUGUGAACAGGGCCUGAAUGAAUAUAGCAGGAACCUAAUUGUUUUACAUUGUAGGUGAACAAUGCCUUAAAAGUCUUUUGCAUUUUAGGUAAACAGGGACUUACCGGUAUAGCCUUGUUUUGUCUGAAGUAGGCCUUUGUAAUUAUGUGAUCUGAUCUUUUGUGCCAGUAUUUUCUACUUUUGUACAAUUUUCUUUAGUAUUUAUUAUUUUUGUAUUUUUUAUAUAAAUUUAGUUAAAUUUCUGUAUAAUCUUGUCAUUAAAUCACUUGCACCAUUAUGUGAAUUUUUUGUGAAUAUAUUGCAUUAAGUAUUUGUGAUAUUUUUCCAGAACAAAACUAGUAGUUUUACUGUAAGAAAUAAUUAAAUCAGCAAUUUUCUUGUCAUAAUUGAAUGUUUGGAGUAUAUUUUUAAAAUGUCUUUAAUGAUACCAUUUCUAUGGCCAAAAGUUUAUUUUUCCCAUUUCCCUAAAGUUCGGCUUAAUCACAGUUGUGAAAUAAUGAAAUUCAGCAAUUUGACAAAAUGUCCGCAGUGGAAAUGUUGCUUUUACAUGAAGGCAAUCAGAAAAUUUUGUAACUAUCAAUAAAUAAAGCCAAAAUUCAAGUUUUUGUUUGUCCAAAAGCCGAAAUUUACAAUUUGGGAAAUAACUCAGUUAAUCAAGAGAUUACCACCCUCGGAGUUCUUUGGAAUUAUGUAUAAAUGGUUUUGAAUUUUUAUUUUAUUUUUUUUGUUUUUUGCAAAAGAAUUCAUAUGUCAGUUAACUUUUAUCAAAUAUUGUUCCAUUUUUUUAACCUGUGCCCAUUAUAUAUACGGUACAGUAUGCAUGUGACGGUGUAAUUAUGGUCCUGUAACAGUUUAAAUAAAUUGGACAAUAACACUUUAAAAUUUACAAAAUACUAUCUGUGAUUCAAGGUUGUGGGGAAACUAUCAUAGAUUUUGGUUUAUUUAAUAUAUAAAUAAUUUCAUUUUCACUCGUAAAUUGUUAAUUUUAUUGUUCUUUUCCAAGAUGUUAUAAUGAAGUAAUGUAGAAACCAUAAAAUGUUAACUUUUAUAUUUCACAAACUAAUUGCAUUAGGUUGAAAUCUGAUUCCAGAUUUUACCAGUGCCUAGACUUCUUUCAUGAAUAUUCAUGACUUUCUUUGUUCCAGAGGAGUUUCUAGACAUACCUCACUGAAGUUAAAACAAUAACUAAGGCGGAGAUUCGUUGCAAAAGGGUUAGUUUUAUGGUAGUGUUAAUCUGGGAUGUAAUGGGCUGUCCUGGAUAUUACAGGGCUCUUGAUCACACUUGGCAUUUGUGCACCUUGUGUAAUCCAGGCCUGUCAAAAAAUCUGUAGACCUUUAUAUAACAUCCAAGAUCAAAGUACAGGAAUGAUAACCUCAUUUUACAUGUAGAGGCAUGCCUGCCAUAUAUUUUCCGUUAUAAGACGCACUCACUUAUAAGACGCACCUCGACAUAGGACAUGCAUUUUGGUGUUUCUUUUUCUUUUAAUUUCCAUGUAGUACACGCUUUCCACUUCUUGAACUGGAAGUAUGACUCCUAAUAACGCAUCUUAUAAGCAAAAGUAUACGGUGUUUAAGCCUCAUUUUAUAUUUCAGAGAGCCUGUCUAUGAAAAGUUAUAUUUUACAUGAUUUUAUUUCUGACUGAAAGCUGAAAGACAUCAGAUUACCUAUUAUUUUCAGACAUGUUUCAAAGUUUUUGGUUGAGCUUUUAUGAAUAUUUUACUUUUAUAUGUUUUUCCAACUUCUGCAUAAGUUAUGUUUGUGACAUAUUAUUGCUGUGAACAAUUUCAAUUUGUUUUUGCAUAUUUUUUGUUAUUUUGCAUUUACAUGGUGCUAUUUUUUUUUUGUUUUUUGCCAAAAUUAGAUCUGUCUAUUAUUCUGAAAACAAGGGAUGUUUAUGUAUCUUGUAAAUUUUAGUAUAUCUGACCCAGGAGAACAGUGUUAGUGUUUGUAUUUUAAAAUGUUUAUGAAUAAUUAAACAUAUUGCCUGCUUUUAUUUGAUUGUGACAUGUUAACCCUUAUCAUGCUGGACACAACUGAUUCUGCCUUUGUGAGCAGUGUAUGUUUUUUUUUCACAAACCGCAAAAUUUUAUGCAAUACAAAAUAAAUGUAUUCAAUGUAUUCUGUUUUUUUUUCCAACCUUUUUUUUUUUCAGAAUAAUGUUUUAUAUUUAUAUUGUCAAUCAACAUUUUUCUGUCAAUAACUUUAAACUUGUUGUGAAAACUUUUGCAAUGUAUUCCUGCCCAUAGGUCUACUGGAGUUGUCCACCCUUAGAAACAAUAAAAUAGACUCUUUAGAUGGUUGCCCAAAUCAUCGUUUCAAAUGCAUCCUUCAGACAGAGUAUAUAUGGCCUUUAAUUAACCUUUACACUGCUAAAUUAAAAAAAUGGACUGGUCUGUUAUUCAGUAAGGGCAGCACUAUUAGUUAUUCAAAGGGUUGAUUGAAAAUUUACUGACUGAAUAGUGAACAAUGCAGACCAAGGUCAGUCUGCACUUGUCACAAAGGUGGAAUCACUUGCCACCAGCGGGGUAAAGGUCAACAUUAUUAAAAGUAAGUGAUUUUAACUUACUAUGCAGUGCUCAUAGAAUGUGUUCAUAUAAUCAUUUGCAUAUGUAUUAUACAUAUUUAUUGAUCUGAUAAGAAUUAAUAAUAAAUGCCUGAAUUAUA